UUUUAUCAAAAUAAUAAAUCCAUAUAUACAUAUUUAGAAUUGAUAAAAGUGAAUUUCGCAAAUGGGUUUCAAAUACUGAAGGAUUGCCUUCUUCAUCAUAUGUAUCAUCAACUAGUGACUAUAAUCUUAAUGAUUAUACUACUAGUCGAUUUGAUCGAGAUGAAUAUAAAUGUAGUCGUCAAAGUGCUUCGGACUAUACGAUUGAUAAAUAUGGUUCAUAUGGAACUACAACAAUUGCUAGGGAAUUGAUUGAUGAUACGGUGAUUCAUACAAAUAGUUUGGAAGAAACGAAUGAAUAUCUUGAAAGAUCAGGUCAUAAUAUUUAUAAGGAUCCUAAUCCACAAAUUAUUCGACGAGCAACAACUGAAACUCCAAUAACAUGUGAACAACGAGUUACUGUUCGAUAUCUUCAACCACCACCUGUUCCAGAACUAGGACCACUCAUUAUUAAAGAAGUACGUCCUGCCCAGCCACCACCACCUCGACCACUUAUCAUACGUCAACAUACAUCACUUGUUUCUACACCGCCUCCACUUAUCUUACGUGAACGACCACCGACACCACCGAAAUAUACUGUCGGUGAAACAGUUACUCGUUAUUUACCUGAAAUACCUGUUCCACUGCGAUCAGUUGUCAUCGAACGUUUACCACCUCUUCGAGAAAAACCACGCGAUAUUAUAAUUGAACGAUGGCUUCCAUAUAGAUCUCUAUCUCAACGUCGUACAAUUGUUGAACGUGCUCCUCCUGCUAUAAUAUAUCCAGAACCGCGUGUUGUUCAAGAAAAUCCUGCCGAUUAUAUAGCUCGUUAUGGGACAUCACUUGUAGAUUCAGUGACACUUGUUCAACUGGCCCGUAAUGCUGGGGUUACUGAAGAUAUAGUAAAAUUUUUUUCCAAAAAAAAA